UCUAACAUUUCAUUCUUUUAUAUGUGGUUCACAUUUUAUUCUAUUAAGCGAAUAUACAAUUGUCAAUAUAAUUAUGAAUUACUUACCAUGCCAUUCUGCUUUAGUAUAACCUCUAACGACCGGUUUGAAGGCAUCGUUAGUUUUAUCAUGAAUAUUAAGUAACAUGUAUUUAAACUUUCCAUUUGCAUCGAUAUCUACGUCAGGAACUUUAUUAAGUAAUUCGGACAUCGUGGCAAACCACCGAGUAUUAAUAGAAGCUCCUAGGAAAAAAAAAAAUAUAAGUUGUGCAAGAUUAUCUGAAUAGAUCAUAUUUUUUAUAUCAACUUAUUUAUAAUCAUCAAACUUUAUCAAAACGUAUAGAGCAUAGUUUAAAAAUAUUUUUAAUAUAUCCAUUAAGAGUUGUUAUUCGAUAAAAUUUGAACAUACCCAGUUGUUUAAUAGACCCGGUAAUUAAAAACUGAAGUAUAUAUGCAUUACUCUUCAAAAUCAUAUUUCUCCUAAAGAACAGAUGAUUUCUAAACUAGCGACAUCUGACGAACAAUUCAAAUAUUAAAUAUAUAUGAUUGACCAUGAGAUCAUAACCUAAAAUUUAUUAUUGUUUAUUUUGAAAUAUAUUUGUAUAUUACAAGCAUAAAGAAUAUAAUUUGAAUAUAAUUUAUAGAACAUAAUAUAUAGAAAAACGUUAAUAUUUAUUUUAUAAGUAAAAAUGAUGUUUCCAAUACCUGCCAAACAUAUAUCAUGUAAAGCGAGCGUGGUUUGGAAUUUAUUAAAUGGUGUAUUUGUUAUAUAUAAACCAGCAUUAACACAUUAUUUAGCUGUACGAGAAACUAUAAUAAAACAUUUAUGUACAGAUUUAAAUGAAAUGGAAGUUAGACCACCUGAUAAUUAUGUAAUGAUUGAAGGAAAGACAAAUGAAAAACUUGAAGUUGUUGUCCGUCCUAAUUAUGGUGAUAAUCAACUAGUUGUUGGACCUCGUUAUCAACCUAGUGAUAUUAGUUUUUCUUCUGCAAAUCAUUUAUACACAGAUAGUUGUGGUGUUUUAAUAUGCGGUAUUAACAGUGGUAAUUUAUUAAUAAAGAAAAUUAGAGAAUCAAAACCUUCACGAUGCUAUAGACUCAAAGGAAUCUUAGGCCAGGCAACAAAUAAUCAUUUUAAAACAGGUAAAAUAGUAGAAAAAUCUACAUAUAACCAUGUCAGAAGAACCAAUAUUGACAAAAUAUGUGCCUCGAUGCAAUCUUCUCAUCAAAAGAAAAUGUUUGAAUUAUGUGGAGUAGAUAUACAAAGUCAAACUGCAUAUGAAUUAGCAGUACAGGGUUUAAUUAGACCAGCUAAUUCCGAAAUUCCUGUAUUAUAUGAAAUAAAAUGUAUAAAUUUUGAACCUCCUGAAUUCACACUUGAAAUUGUUUGCAUCAAUGAAAAUGAGCAAUAUUUAAAAACGUUAAUUCACGAAUUAGGUUUAGAACUUCGUUCUACAGCUACUUGUACACAAAUACAAUGUUUUAAAUAUGGAUUAUUUGAACUACAACAUGCAUUAUUGUCUAAAAAGUGGGAUAUAAUAUCUAUUCUAGAAAAUAUGAAAGUAUGUGAAAAAAUAUUAAAGGAAAAUGAUUAUUUAAUAAACCAAACUAGUCCCAUCUUGAUAAAUAAUAAUGAAUAAAUUUUGCUUAAAUGGAUG